ACUAGAACCCCUAAAAGAAAUAUGUUUAGGUGGAAGUGAUAAAGCUCUGGAGGGGCUGUAGUAAUUAUAACAGGAGAAAUGGAGGAAGUGAUAGCUAGUUCACACAACACGACUUUAAAAGUCUUCCUAUCUCUGGACUCUUGAUAUUACACAACUUGCUGUCUUGUAAUCAGAAGACCUGAUAUCAUUGUGGUUUCCACACUGCGUGACAGGACUGACAGGCACCAGGGCUUAUCAGAGGAAACUAAUUAUCAUCUCAUACCAGCAUUACAUAAAUAAGAUGUACGCCUCACUGUGUGGAAGUGACUGGGAUCAAUUAUUUUAUAUGUCAAGAUAUAAAUUUACUGAAUUGUUCUUUUUUAAUGAAAACUGGUCAAAACUUACAGGAAUGGCCCCAUUAUUACAGAAUCCCCAUCCAGAUAUUCAGUCAGAAUCUAAAGUAUUGUUUGGUGCAUCACUACACUGAAUCAAAAAACAAUAAAUGUGAUGGACAAAGUAAGCUUUUGAUUAGAAAAGAUGUGAGACUGAUAUGAGACUGUCAUUUCACUGUUACACCAUGGGAACUUGUGACUUCCUCAUUUUUAAGUGUUGCAGAAUGUUUAAAAAGCAGCACAACUCUGACGGAGCUUCACUUCUCUGUUCAUCUUUCAUCUACCUGCUCCAAAGACCUGCAGAAAAUUUUCUGCCUCUCCUGACAAACACAGAUGGCUGUAGUCCUGACUCUCCUUCUCAGUGUCUGUCUGCUGCACGGUGCCCUGUGUCAAGCAUUUCAGUCAUUUGUGCCGCCGACUAUAGAGGUUCUGAGUGGAUCCUGUGUGACCAUCCCCUGCUCCUUUGAAAUACCGGACAAAUUUAAAUCACGCUUAGAUAAAUCAUGUAGGGUAUUGUGGAAUCAGUAUGAUAAUGACAAGACUGUGUUGUUUGACAGUGGAAAUCCACAAACGUCUACAAUAAAGGGAGAGCUGACAGGAGACGUGACAAAAAAAGACUGCACCACAACCCUGAACAACAUGCAACCUGCUGACAGCAAAAUAUAUUUCCUCAGACUACAAUGCGACAACCUGAAAUAUAAUUUUCACAAAGACAAUGAGAGAGUAUAUAUUUCAGUCAAAGCUGCUCCUCCCACACCGACUCUGACUGCGUCCACACUGAAGGUGAAGGAGGGAACCUCUGUGGGUUUGACGUGCUCUGCUCCAGCUCCCUGUCUGUCUCAUCCUCCAGCUCUGACCUGGACCCCCGGCCUGGGGGACGCUCAGGAGAAACUGCAGGAGAAUCAGGACAAAACUAAAGUCAAGCUCUCUGUUCUGACCUUCACUGCUUCUCACCUCCAUCAUGGGAAGAAGAUCGACUGUAAGGCCACCUACAACAAACAAGAUGGCAGCACUGAGUCAGCUGUUAGCACAAGUUUAACAGCUGAUAUUUCAUGUGCCCUGUGUCAAAGACUGCAGUCAUUUGUGCCGCCGACUAUAGAGGUUCUGAGUGGAUCCUGUGUGACCAUCCCCUGCUCCUUUAAUAUACCGGACGAAUAUGAAUCAAGCUUAAAUAGAUCAUGUAGGGUAUUAUGGAAGCAGGAUGAUAAUAACAACAUUGUGUUUGACAGUGGAACUCCACAAACGUCAUCAAUAAAGGGAGAACUGACAGGAGACGUGACAAAAAAAAACUGCACCACAACCCUGAACAACAUGCAACCUGCUGACAGCAGACGAUAUUUCUUCAGACUGGAAUGCAAUGACCUGAAAUCUAAUUUUGCCAAAAAUAAUGAGAGAGUAAAUAUUUCAGUCAAAGCUGCUCCUCCCACACCGACUCUGACUGCGUCCACACUGAAGGUGAAGGAGGGAACCUCUGUGGGUUUGACGUGCUCUGCUCCAGCUCCCUGUCUGUCUCAUCCUCCAGCUCUGACCUGGACCCCCGGCCUGGGGGACGCUCAGGAGAAACUGCAGGAGAAUCAGGACAAAACUAAAGUCAAGCUCUCUGUUCUGACCUUCACUGCUUCUCACCUCCAUCAUGGGAAGAAGAUCUACUGUAAGGCCACCUACAACAAACAAGAUGGCAGCACUGAGUCAGCUGUUAGCACAAGUUUAACAGCUGAUAUUUCAUAUUCACCCAGAGACACCACAGUGUCAGUCAGUCCCUCUGGUCCAGUUCCAGAGGGCAGAAAUGUGACUCUGACAUGCAGUAGUUCUGCAAACCCACCAGUCAGGAGCUAUACCUGGUACAGAGCUGACGGAGGCCAGGAGACUCUUAUUGGGACCAGACAAGUUGUAAACAUCAAAGUAUCUAAAGACGACAGUCAGUUUUUCUGCAAGGCUGAAAAUGAUAUUGGAGCUGGGCGAUCCAACAUCAGUCACACAGAUAUUCAGUAUUCACCCAAAGACACCACAGUGUCAGUCAGUCCCUCUGGUCCAGUUCCAGAGGGCAGAAAUGUGACUCUGACAUGCAGUAGUUCUGCAAACCCACCAGUCAGGAACUACACCUGGUACAGAGCUGACGGAGGCCAGGAGACUCUUAUUGGGACCAGACAAGUUGUAAACAUCAAAGUAUCGAAAGGAGACAGUCUGUUUUUCUGCAAAGCUGAAAAUGAAAUUGGAACUGGACGAUCCAACAUCAGUCAAAUAGAUGUUCAAUAUUCACCCAAAAACACCACAGUGUCAGUCAGUCCCUCUGGUCCAGUUCCAGAGGGCAGAAAUGUGACUCUGACAUGUAAUAGUACUGCAAACCCACCAGUCAGGAACUACACCUGGUACAGAGCUGACGGAGGCCAGGAGACUCUUAUUGGGACCAGACAAGUUGUAAACAUUAAAGUAUCGAAAGGAGACAGUCCGUUUUUCUGCAAAGCUGAAAACGAAAUUGGAACUGGACGAUCCAACAUCAGUCAAAUAGAUGUUCAAUUUGCUCCACAAAUCCUGCCCUCAUCUAACUGCACCAACGCUGCAUCCCAGCUCAACUGUUCCUGCAGGACUGUGGGAAAUCCUUCCCCCACUUUGAAGUGGUAUCUGGAUGGGCUGCCUGUCAACCAGUCUGACACGUUUGGAAUCAGCUCUCUAAAUGACACAGGUCUGAGGAGCAUCCUUAUUGUGAACCAACCACAGGAGAGGGAUCUUUCCAACUUGCUCUGCCUCAGUUCCAACUCUCUGGGAUCUGCCAGUCAACGUUUUUGUGUCGCCAGCCGAAAAUCUCAAGGCCACACAUUGCUGUUUCCAGUCUUCAUCACCACAGUUGCUGCUCUGCUAGUAUUAGUAUGUGCUCUGCUGUUUGUUAUCAGGGCUCAAAGGACUCAACAUAACCUUGCGAAGAAUCAGUGCACAGGUGACACCAGCACACUUCCUAUGACCCAACUUCUAACAAGUGGAGAAGGAAAUGAGGUACCCAACACAACACAAGAGGACAUUUAUGUCAACACCAAUGAGCUGAGACAAGAAGAAGCUGACCAACAUGCAGCCGUCCCUGAGCCAAACAGUACAGACUUGCCAAGCUCUGGACCGAACAAUGCAGAAGAAACCAAUAAAAGCUCAGAAAAGAAGGGUGAGGAAGGCAGUGAUGUGAUUUACUCCUCUGUGAUUAAAUUAAAAGAUAAGCGUCCUAAUCACCAAUAGAUCACAGCUCUGUAGAAAAAGUCACAAAGUUUGUCUGGCUUUGUAAAUACCCAUGAAACCCCCUAGACCAGUGGUUCCCAACCUUUUUCUUGAGGGACUCACAUUUUUACCAUUAUAAACUUUGGCGACCCCCCCAUUGUCCAUUGUUUCUAUGAAGCCGAACUCAAUGUGACUUUCAUGGUACCCUCUCUUUUUCUUUUUGAGAUAUUCAGCAUUUACAUCUCCCUGACGCGUCGCCAUUUUUCCAUUAGCUCUGUGUUACUGUUGUUAGGUGAGGUUACCUUUAGGUGAGGUUACUGCUAGGUGAGGUUACCACUAG